CAGCGUAAAAGUGGCACCCUGGGAUCUGGUGGAUCCUUGCACGUAAUAUGACUGAUCUUAAGCCUUUCAUCUGCCUUCACAGAGCCGAGCUGUUGGAUCUAAGGUAGCUUGCCCAGGACCAGACUUUGCUAUGUUGGCCAAGACAGUGCUUUCUCUUGGUCUGUGGCUGCAGUUUGCUGUGGGACAGAACACACCUGAGAGAGGUACCCAGCCAUCUAUUUCCAAUUCAGAGGGGGACCUCCUCUUCUUGCUGGACAGCUCUGGCAGCGUCUCCUACUAUGAGUUUUCCAGGGUCAAGGAAUUCAUGUGGGACCUUGUGCAACCUUUCACCUUUGGCCCCAAAGAUGUCCAGGCCAGCAUCAUCCACAUUAGCACUAUGCCCACCAUGGAGUUCCCCUUUGACCGGUACCUGUCUAGUGGGACUCUGCAACAAGCCAUCCGGGACACUCGGCAGCUCAUGGGCGACACUAACACAGGCAAAGCGCUCUCCUAUGCGAAGGAGAAGUUCUUCAGUGAUGAAGCUGGUGCCCGGCCGGAUGUGCCCAAGGUACUGGUUUGGGUGACAGAUGGUUUCUCCACUGAUGACAUCUCUGAACCCAUGCAGCUCCUGAAGGACAUGGGAGUAACAGUCUUCAUUGUCAGCACUGGACGGGGGAGUUACCUGGAACUCUCUGCUGCUGCCAGCCAGCCUCCUGAGAAGCACCUGCACUUUGUGGAUGUUGAUGACCUACCCAUCAUCACAAAGGAGCUUCGAGAUGCUAUCCUAGAUGUUAUCCAAGCGAAUCGGCUCCAUGCAGUAGAUAUCACCUCAAGCAGCUUCCAUCUGAUGUGGCCCAAGCUCCUCUCCCAAGAAACUGGCUACUACACCCUAGAGUAUGCUCCAACAGAUGAUCUAGCAAGGAAGAGGACAAAGCAAGUGUCUGGGGCUCACACUAGCCUCGUGCUAAGCAACCUUGCGCCAGAAACUACUUACGAGGUGGCACUCAUUCCUGAAUCCAACGUCCACUACUUCCCUCCCCUGACAACAAGGGUUACUACACUGGCAGAGGAAAUAAGCCCAGCUCAAGUUGUCAUCUCAGAGUCUGGGCCACGCAGCUUCCAUGUUAGUUGGGCUCCUACGCCGGACAGUGUGAUCAGCUAUCAGAUCCUGUAUGGACCACUCCCCGGGAACUCGGUGAAGCUGCUGGAGGUGGAUGGCAACCACAACAGCACUGUGGUGGAGAAUCUGGCACCCAAUACAACCUAUCUAGUGACAGUGACUGCAAUCUACAAAUCGGGAAAGGAGAGAUCCCUGUCCGCUAAAGCGUGCACUCAGGAAGAGGGCUACAAAGUGAAGCACCUCCGCUUUGAAGACAUGGGCCCCAACACCCUGAAAGCCUCCUGGGACUCUGCCGAUGGGAAAGUCCUUGGUUACAGAGUCAGAUGCCGGCGGCAAACUGGCCCUUCAUCUGUCAUCAGCGUUUCGCCACAGAUCCACAGCGUGCUCCUCACAGACCUGGCUUCAGGCACCACUAACAAAGUGUGCGUGAAGCCCAUGUACAAGAACCAGGCAGGCAAAGGGCUGUGCCGCAUGGUGCGCAUGCAGCCAGCUACAGAGGCCCAAGGAUAUAAGCACAGAGAGCGAGCAUGACAGACUGGAGUGAACUGAUUCCC